GAGCGCCACAGUAGCGACGAGCUAAAGGGGGGAGACCUUUUCGAAAGCAGCGGGGCUGCGUGGAUAAAAAUAGUGAAAAAUUCAAGCUUGCUUUCCAAAGCAGAAGAAGUGUUGUUCAUCGGGUUCGAAUCAAGUUUACCUUGGGAGCUGAAAUGAACGGAGAUUCGGGCGUCGGGGUGGUGACGUCCCCACCCCCCACCACCGCUCCCCACAAGGAGCGCUAUUUUGACCGUGUGGACGAGAGCAGCGCGGAGUACCAGCGCGAGAGGAAUAUGGCUCCUGACCUGCGGCAGGAUUUCAACAUGAUGGAACAGAGGAAACGAGUGUCCAUGAUCCUGCAGAGUCCGGCUUUUUGUGAUGAGCUGGAGACGAUGAUCCAGGACCAGCUGAAGAAGGGGAAGAAUCCCACCAGCCUGUUGGCUCUGCAGCAGAUCGCCGACUUCAUGACCACCAGCACCCCUACGAUGUACCCGGCAGUGCCACAGGGGGGUAUGGCCGCCCUCAACAUGAGUCUGGGCAUGGUGACCCCAGUGAACGACCUCCGUGGUUCCGACUCCAUCGCGUACGAGAAGGGCGAGAAGCUGCUGCGCUCCAAGCUGGCCGCCUUCUACCGCCUCACAGACCUCUUUGGCUGGUCGCAGCUCAUUUACAACCACCUGACGGUCCGGCUGAAUUCCGAACAGGAGCGUUUCCUGAUUGUCCCCUUUGGGCUUCUGUACAGUGAGGUCACAGCUUCCAGCCUGGUGAAAAUCAACCUUCAGGGGGAAAUCAUCGACAGGGGCAGCACCAACCUGGGGGUCAAUCAAGCAGGAUUCACACUCCACUCUGCCAUUUAUGCGGCUCGGCCAGACGUCAAGUGCAUCGUGCAUAUCCACACACCCGCUGGAGCAGCGGUGUCGGCCAUGAAGUGUGGCUUGUUGCCAAUCUCACCGGAGGCACUGUCCCUCGGGGAGCUGGCCUACCAUGAUUACCAUGGCAUCCUGGUCGACGAGGAGGAGAAUGUGCUGAUUCAGAAAAACCUGGGGCCCAAGAGCAAGGUUCUUAUCCUUCGCAAUCACGGCCUGGUCUCUGUUGGGGAAACCGUGGAGGAGGCUUUUUACUACAUCCAUAACCUGGUGACUGCUUGUGAGAUUCAGGUGCGUACUUUAGCCAGCGCCGGGGGCCCCGACAACCUAGUCAUGCUGGACCCGGGGAAGUACAAAGCCAAGCCCCGCUCCUACCAGAUCACUGGCGAUGGCACUGGAGCCCAGAUGAAGUGGCAGGUCGGGGAGCAGGAGUUUGAGGCUCUCAUGAGGAUGCUGGAUAACCUGGGUUACAGAACUGGAUACCCGUACCGGUGCCCUGCUCUCCGGGACAAAGCAAAAAAAUACAGUGAUGUAGAAGUGCCCCCAUCUGCCGCGGGCUACCCCUAUGCUGAGGACAGUGAGUCGGGCGCACGCUCCCCCCUCAAACACAGCUUUCAGAGGCAGCAGCGCGAGAAGACACGCUGGCUGAACUCGGGCCGGCCCGACGAGGCCGCCGAAGAGGGCCCCGAUGGUGGCAGCCCCAAGUCGAAGGCUAAGUGGACGAAGGAGGAGGGCCUACGGCAGACUGCGGUGGCCAAUCAGUUUGUCCCGCUCAACACAAACCCCAAAGAGGUGCAAGAGAUGAGAAACAAGAUCCGUGAGCAGAACCUUCAAGACAUAAAAACUGCAGGGCCCCAGUCCCAACUGCUUUCUGGGCCGGUGGUGGAUCGCUCCUUUUUGCAGGGGGAGCUAGUUACUGCCUCAAAGGCCAUCAUUGAGAAGGAAUAUCAGCCACGUGUCAUUGUCAGCAAGACUGGACCAAACCCCUUCAACAAGCUGACUGACCAGGAGCUAGAGGAGUAUCGCAAGGAAGUGGAACUCAAGCAGAAGAGCUCUGAUGUACAGGGAGAAGAGUCCGGCCCAGCGCAGCUCUUUCUUCCCGGGGAGAACCUGGCCCCUGGCCCUCUUACGGUGCCCGUCCUUGCCCACAAGCAUGAAGAGGGGGACGAACCUCUAGGCUUGACCAGUUUCACUUCUGUGCCUUCCUCGGAUCCCAGCCGGGCAGAGGUGGGCCGAGACGGCAUAGGCGCGGGGCACGCUGUCUCGGGGGAGCGGGCUCCCUUAGGGUCACCACACAAGGAGUUUCACUGCGCUGUCCUCCGUGCUCUUGGCACCAGCUUGGAGCUAAGGCUUCAGGCCCCAGACCAAUCGCAGGAAGCUCAAGAAGAGGUGAAGGGUCCAAGCCCCACCCGCACACCCCCCAGCACCCCAGUCAGGUCGGAGGAAGAGUCCCAGCAGGAACAGCCCUGCAAAGACGAGAGUGACACCGGUACUUUACGGCAAAGCCCCCCCGACCAGCCCUCCCAAGCCCCCGCCCCAGUUCCCUCUGAAGGACCCGCCCCACCUGAGAACCCGGAGCCCCCGGCUGCCCCAGAAACGGCCGAGGACGGCGCCGCCGCAGCAGCUGCCGGUGACCAGGGCAGCGACGAGUCCCCCAGCAAAUCCCCCUCCAAGAAAAAGAAGAAGUUCCGCACCCCCUCCUUUUUGAAGAAGAGCAAAAAGAAGGAUGCCUGAAGGAAUUUUGGGAGCCCUCCUUUGAUUGGUUCUUUUUUGAAAAUUGAUAUGUUUUUGUUAUUUUAGUGUUCACCUAUAGCGUGUGCCCGUUUUUCGGAAAAGGGUCAAAUUACCUAAACGUUUUAACACUGUUGCUUUUAGUGAUGAAUGACUGAACUACGCCUGUGGAAGAGCAGUUCUGUGGUUUCUUUACUCGCGUCGGUUUAGGUCCACACUCAAAGCAAGCGACAGUUUUUAAUUACCACUUAAAAGAAAAGAAAAUGCAUUACGUAACUUGUAGAAUUUAUUGGCAUUGCACGCAAAGUGUGAUUUAAACGGAAAAAUGCUAAAAAGCAGUGUUGUUGGUAACCCAUGUUAAGGAAAAUGACAAGUGGGCUGCAUGGUGCUCAUUUUUGAUAAUCUGUAGCAUUGGAUUCUUUUAUAUUGGCAUUGCAGUUGAAUUUGGGUCCAAAGGUAUAUUGAAAAGUAGGAUAUGCGCGCGGCAAAACAAUAUUAACAAAGUAAUAUUUUACAUUUAUAUACCCAUACAGGUUUCUAAUGGUAUAAAUGUAUAAAUCACAUUUUUUUUAGUUUGUUUCAGCUUUGGAUAAGCACUAAAUUCAAAUGGUUGUAUCCAAGAAAGAUACACUAACAUUGUGUUACAUAAAAUUUUCUAUUACAAGAAUAUAGAUAGCAUUGUUUUUUAACUAAUCCCAUUGCCAUAUGUUAAUUUGCACUGGGAAGUCAAUCUGUUUUUGCUCUUAGCUUUAAUAUAUGCAAAUCUGAGAUGGCAAGAAAUCCCACCUGAUAAUUCUUGCUUUUGUUCAUCAUUUUCACAUUAGAGGAGCUAUUUUUGUCUUGCGUAACAUUGCAUCCUGAGCCAUGAUAACAAAUCUUUCUGAAGUUUUUUUUUAUCCUGGGGAAAGAUCAAAAUGUAAUCGUAAUUAUUAAAUUGAUUUUUUUUUUGUUUUAUAUAUGCAUCUGCACAUACGACAGUUCAGAGCGUUUUUUUCGCUGUGUAGAGGUACUUUCCUCAUAUAAAGCCCGACUCCAUUUUGUAAGAAGUUGAUUCUGGGUUGACCGGAUCUUGUGGAUAAACGGACCCUUUUCUGUGCUUUGGUCCAUAUUUUGUGAUUGUGCUUUAAGUACCCUGUUAUAAAGUGUGAAGGAUGAUGUUAAAUUGGAUUAAAGUAAAUUGAUCAAUAUGUAUCACAUAAAAAUACAGAUGCUUCCAAAUUCCCCCCCAAAGGUAAAUAACUGAAGCAUCUAUUAUUUAAACUGCACGGAUUUUCUGCUUCGAAAGAAAUUUGAGGUUAAGCUAUGAAUGUUGUUGCUGGAGGCACGGCUCACGUGAUCUGGUGGGCCAUCUCGCCUCUAGUGUUCCAGAUGGUAAAAUGUCCUCCAGACAGUCUUUACUUUUGGAGUCACACUCCAUCGCUAUGAAGUUGUAUAUAAAGGAAAUCUGAUCCAGGUGCAGAUUUACACUGAUGUUUAAAACCUGGGUGAACAUUGCUAUUCAACCAGUGUCAAUUGCACUUGGUCUUUGUGAAGCUUGGCGGAAACCACUAUAUGAUAUAUAUUUUGUGCAAAAAAAAAUGUUUUUUUGAAGGACUGCAUGGCAUAAAAGGCUUUGAGCUUGUAUAGUUUGUCUUAUGUACAUUAAGACUGUAACCCUCUGUUAUUGUGCUUUAUUGACAUUCUUAUAACAGUACUAAGUCAGUUCUCAUAAGGACGUUUUCUUUUUCAAACACAGCUCCAUUAAACCUCUAUGUUCUUUUGGUUAUAUUUAGUACAUAUAUUCAGCACAUUAUUAUAACUGUAUUAAUUACACGUAUUUUUUAUAGUACUGUUUUAAUUGAUCAAUAAAAAAAAUCACUUUAAAGUGUCUCUAAUGUGUACUUAAAAAAUUAAACGUUGAAUUUUUGUAUUGAA